AUGGUGUACGGCUCAUCCUUGCGUCUUCCAGGAGAGUUUUUCCAGCCCAUGGACACCAGCAUAGUCCUCGACCCUACCAAGUUUGUGCACAAGCUGAGAGACUGUAUGUCAUCCUUAAAGCCAGUGCCUACUAGUGCCCACUGCAAACGCAGUCCUUUUGUGCAGAAGGACUUGUUAACGUCGACUCAUGUGUUCCUUUGCAUUGACUCUCUACGAAAGUCUUUGGAGCCAACUUAUUCCGGUCCUCAUGAAGUGCUCGCUAGACAGGAAAAGACUUUUCGCAUUAAAAUCAACAACAAAGAGGCAGUUGUGAGUAUAGAUCGGUUAAAACCUGCUUUCCUUUGGGUUACGGAUACUGGAUCAACCCCAUCACCUCCAGUACAACCUGAAAAAUUGACUCCGGCAUCCUUGGAACUACCUACUAGUGCUCCAUUGAAAACCACAGAGGAGUUUUACACCACGCAAUCAGGGCGUCGUGUUCGAUUCCAUAAGUAUUCAUAA